AUGCAGAUAGUUAAGACGGGGUCGCUUUGUUGUGUGGCUUCAAGGCCACAUGGAUCAAAUGCAGCCAGUAGGGACUGGUCUGUGGGCCCACAUGAGCCGUACUGGCGGACGAAUACAAGCUAUUCACCGCCUCCAUCUAGGUGGGAUUUCAGAUUCCAGUCCGAAGGGCUUUCAUACGGUUUGCAUGAUGGUAUUCAGCUCUAUGGCUCUUCUACGUCGUCAAAUGGGAAAGACAGUAGGGCGUGGGUUAGCGGCAACCACCUAUAUGAUCUUCAUUAUUCCGCUUCCGAUGGUACCGGGGCUUUCCUUAGUAGUCCAUCUGACCUCUCUCAGGGUCCUCAGUGGACACCUCCAGCAAUACAGGAAAUAAGCAUUAAUGAUUAUGAAACUCCAACUAGCAGAGGUCCUUCACUGACCCAGAUAUCUUUUACACAAAACGAGGGAACUUCUGAAGAUCCAGAUAGUGUUGGCUCAACCUCAGCCCAGUCAGAGAGUAGUGAGUCUGAAUCAACUACCAAAUCACGAUUGUUACAGAGGAACUUCUCUAAACACUGUUCCUUCAUCUCCAAACCCAUCUAUCCUUUCUCGUUUCCUGACAUUACUCCUGCUAGGGAAGCUUUUGAUCCUGCAGUUGCAAGUUCUUCUGAGUUUGAUGCUUCUAAUCCACUCAGAGAUGUCCAGGGAUGGAGUAGUGCUAGCAGUACUCUGGAUCUUUCUGAGGUUUCUGAGUUAUUUGAAUCCGAAACAUGUAGUCGCCGGCAUAUCCCUUCGGAUAGAUCAAGGUGCAGCUUGUGUGAAAGACUUCUAUCACAUAGAUCACCUUGGAGUACCCGACGCAUUGUGAGAAGUGGAGACAUGCCUACAACCGGAGUUCUUCCUUGUUGUCACGUGUUUCAUGCCGAGUGUUUGGAGCAAGCAACUCCAAAGACACAGAAAAGUGAUCCUCCUUGCCCUCUCUGUGUCCGAUUGCCGGGUAAUGGUUUUCCAAGGCUUAGACCAUUUGAUGAGGAUGGACCCUCAAGGCCUUGGGGCUGUGUCCAGGGGGUUAAUAGUGUUGAAGGGCUUGGGCAUGCACCCCCACGAAACACGAUGUUCUUACUCAAUCGAAAUUUCAGUAAAAAGAAUCUUUCUUUGAAGGGGAAUGUAACCAAGUAGAAAGCAUAUUUAUUUGAAGGGAAAUUCAUCUGAGGAAGUAAGUGGGCUAUGUUCAUCACAUCUUUUUGGUGGAAAUUCCAGCAGAAUAGGCAGCACUUGGUUGCUCAAAGGCAUUUCCAUUUUACUAAACCAAGUCUAGACUUGGUGGAAGCAUGAAAUUUUAUAGGGAUAAAAAUGGGGUGAACCUUUUUAUUGAUGAGUUUGUGUAAAAUUAUAUAGAGCUCAUCUAUGAAAAUUUUCACCUUAUUAGUACCUCGAACCAAACAUAAUCUGAAUGUGAAACCUUCCCUAAAAUUCAGAAGCUGAUUGUCCCACUUUAGUCAACCGGAAAUUCAUGACAGAUUCUUAAGCUGAGGUUUUUUGUAUAGAUUGAUAUGUUGUAUCCUUUCUCCCUUGAAAUUCUGAUGUUGUAUCUUAUGUGUAUUGAAAUUUCAAAGUCAACUUGAUAUGCAUAUAUUGCAUUGUUUUCGGGGAUACAUUGUUGUAUCUUUGAGGGCUGAGAAUGGAUUGAUAAAUACUUUAUUGGUUGUUAUUUUCUGA